CGAAUUCCCCGGGACCUUGGACAGUUACUUAGACGGGGAGCGAUGCACUCAUCUCAGAUACAGCGGUCCGCGGCGCUCGGUCUGCUGAUGGGUUAUCUUGUGUUUUGUAACCUACGAUUCACCGAAGCAGGGGGUGAGGGAGUGAGCAGUUCAGUCUUCUUGCCUCAAGCCUGGCCUGGACUGGAAGGACCACGCUUUCACUUAAGGGGCCCCGGUGAUUACAGCGAUGUGCUCCCGGACUCGUUCCCCUCGGCCCCCGCGGAACCCCUCCCCUCGUUCCAGCAGGAGCCGGACGACGCCUACAUCGUGAAGAACAAUCCUGUGGAAUUGCGUUGCAGGGCCACGCCCGCCGCGCAGAUCUACUUCAAAUGCAACGGGGACUGGGUCAACCAGAACGACCAUGUGACCAGAGAGAGCCUGGACCAGAUCACAGGGCUGGUGGUUCGAGAGGUGGAUAUAGAGGUCUCUCGCACUCAGGUAGAGGAGCUCUUUGGACUGGAUGAUUUCUGGUGCCAGUGCGUGGCCUGGAGCUCUGCUGGGACUACAAAGAGCAGGAGGGCUUACGUCCGCAUCGCAUACCUGCGGAAGAACUUCGAUCAGGAGCCGCUGGGGAAGGAGGUCCCGCUGGAGCACGAGGUGUUAUUGCAGUGCCGGCCACCAGAGGGCAUCCCGGGGGCUGAGGUGGAGUGGUUGAAGAACGAGGAGCCCAUCGACCCCACCAGAGACUCCAACUUCCUGAUCACCAUCGAUCACAACCUCAUCAUCAAGCAGGCUCGGCUCUCCGACACUGCCAACUACACCUGCCUGGCCAGGAACAUUGUGGCCAAGAGACGCAGCACCACCGCCACUGUCAUCGUAUACGUGAAUGGCGGCUGGUCCACGUGGACGGAGUGGUCCCCCUGUAACACUCGCUGUGGCCGUGGCUGGCAGAAGCGGACCCGGUCCUGUACCAACCCUGCGCCCCUCAAUGGAGGAGCCUUCUGUGAGGGACAGCCCUACCAGAGAGUCACCUGCAACACACUGUGCCCAGUGGACGGAGGCUGGACGGAGUGGGCGAAGUGGUCUGCCUGCAGCAGGGAGUGCACACAAUGGCGCAGCCGCGACUGCCAGGCCCCGGCACCCGUGAACGGAGGGAAAGACUGCAGCGGCCUGCUGCUCCAAUCCAAUAACUGCACCGACGGACUCUGUAUGACCAAUAAAAAGCUUUUUGUUGAACAUAAAAUCCAUCCUCUGGAGGUGACGGGUGAUGUAGCGCUGUACGCCGGCCUUGUGGUGGCGCUGUUUAUUUUCCUGGUGAUCAUGAUGGCGGUGGGCGUGGUGGUCUACCGGCGGACGUGCCGUGACUUCGACACCGACGUCACUGACUCAUCGGCCGCCCUGACCGGGGGCUUUCACCCCAUCAACUACAAACCUCCCCGACACGAUAACCCCCAUCUCCUGAACGCCUCGAUCCAACCCGACCUGACCGCCAGUGCGGGCUCGUACCGGGGGCCCAUGUACUCUCUGCAGGACUCGGGAGACAAGAUCCCCAUGACUACCUCCCCCCUGCUGGACCCCCUGCCCAGCCUGAAGAUCAAGGUGUACAACUCCUCCACCGUCUCCUCUCUGGGGCUGUCCAACGGAGGGGGGCUGCAGGAGGGGGGGCCUAUCAGCAAGGUACCCCUGGGGACCUACCCCGGGGGAGGGGGGCUGUCCCGGGAUGGAGAGAUCCUAAACCAGAAGAACAAGGCUCUCGGCUCCUCACAGCACCUCCACACCCUCCCCAGGGAGCCUGGGAACAGUGCCAGCGGGACGUUUGGCUGCCUAGGGGGGCGACUCAUUAUCCCCAACACAGGUGUCAGUCUGCUGGUUCCUCAGGGCACAAUCCCGCAGGGGAAGUUCUACGAGAUGUACCUCAUCAUAAACAAGCGCGACAACACAACGCUCCCCUCGGAGGGCACACAGACUGUCCUGAGCCCCGUGGUGACGUGUGGUCCCACAGGGUUGCUGCUGUGCCGCCCGGUUGUCUUGAGUGUACCGCACUGUGCCGACCUGGCCUCCUCUGACUGGAUGGUGAAGCUCAAGACACAGGCAGACAGCCACUGGGAGGAGGUGGUAACACUGGAUGAGGAAACUUUCAGCACACCCUGUUACUGCCAGUUGGGACCUCAAUCCUGCCAUGUGCUCCUGGACCAGCUGGGCACCUACAGCCUGGUGGGGGAAUCCUACUCCAGCGCCGCUCUCAAGAUCCUCCAGCUGGCCAUCUUCGCACCCACUGCCUGCAGCUCCCUUGACUACAGCCUCAAAGUGUAUUGCAUAGAGGACACGCCUGAUGCACUCAAGGAGAUCCUGGAGCUCGAACGGAACCAGGGAGGGUACCUGCUGGAGGAACCCAAGCCUCUGCUCUUCAAAGACAGUUACCACAACCUGCGACUCUCCAUCCAUGACAUCCCUCACUCCCUGUGGAAGAGCAAGCUGCUGGCCAAAUACCAGGAGAUCCCUUUCUAUCACAUCUGGAGUGGCAGCCAGCGCGCCCUGCACUGCACUUUCAACCUGGAAAGACACAGCCUGGCAUCCACCGAGCUCACCUGCAAGAUCUGUGUACGCCAGGUGGAGGGAGAGGGACAGAUCUUCCAGCUGCACACCUUCAUCCAGGAGAACGUGACACCGUUUAACCCCUUCCCCGCCACGGACAGUGACCCUUGCCCCCACACUCAGGUGGGGCCCUAUGCCUUCAGGAUACCCUCGUCCAUCCGAUAUAAGAUCUGCAGCAGCCUGGACGCACCCACCUCGCGGGGCAACGACUGGAGAUUGCUGGCACACAAUCUGGGCUUCGACAGGUACCUGAAUUACUUUGCCACCAAGUCAAGCCCCACAGGUGUGCUGUUGGACCUGUGGGAGGCCUGUCACCAUGACGACGCGGACCUCAACUCGCUGGCAAGCGCACUCGAGGAGAUGGGCAAGAGCGAGGUACUGAUGGUCAUGGCAACCGAGGGCGACUGCUGAGGAGGGGAGGAGCUACAAACUCACAGGGCAAGACCACUCAGAAUAGAGGAGGAGAAGCAAAACCCCACCACACAGCCACGGUGCAUUUCACGAAUCACAAGGCAAGAUACAGGCGCGCAAAAGACACGAAGCAUAAUGAUACAGAAACGACAACAUCGCUACACACUAAAGACACAAUAAGCACUGGGAUAUGAAUGGAAAUGGAAAUCCCAGCAUGCAGAAAAGCUUGGUGUAUAUUAUAAUACACGGGUCAGGAUAUAAACUGAGCUGAGCUACAGUCUUCAUGCGUAUCGCCAUACGCAGGUCAAAUUAGGAUGGGUUUUAGAUGAUCGUUAAUGCUCAUUAUUGAAAUGCUAGAGAAAACUUCUAAAAGUGUGUGUUAAAGGAAUUCACACCUGACAGUCUGAAGAAGUUGUCUGCAAUUGACUUGGAGUGCUUGCCUUUCUCUCUCGAUGUUUUUGGUGGAUCUCAGAUCGCUAUGCAGCAUUGUGUGAUUCAGUGUACCGCUGUGUGUAACGGCAUUGUAUGAUGAUAUGUAUCGUGUGAUUAAUUAUUGUGGGUGGUCGCAUCUUGACGAAUCAAUGACUCUUUGACCUCUGCCCAUUGUCUUGUGUGGCUUCAGCGAUCCUGGG